UUGAGUUUAUUUUUUAACUUUCCUUUUUGUUUUGUAUCGGGCACGUGGCAAACACGAUCUUUUGUACUUAACACCUGACAUGGACGAGGCCUCAGCCAGAGCUUUAACACUAAUCGAUUCUAAACCAACCAUCGUUUCUCGCAAAUUUCGUCCUUGCGUUCUAUUUAUUAUCACAUUGUUGAGAAAGGAAAUAAUCUUGACUUUACAACACCAACAAUAGAUCCGAUUCUCCGCAGCAUCCCCGAUCGACGUGCUACUAUAGACUGGGUAGUGUUGUGUGUUGCCAAACUGAACUCAACACUCCUCGACUCGACUAUUUGAAGCUAGAUCUGUAAUGCAAAUACUUGUAAGCCGGCCCAAAGACAACAGGAGACUACAGUCCUACAACUCUUACUGCGUGCACAUUUUCGGAUCAGCGUAAAUAGACAAAAACAAAUGCGCAAAGUGCUUUAUGCGCAAUAAUAAUUUACAGUUUCCAAGGCGAACGGCAACCACGUCGCUAUUCAUUCCUUUCUCACAAUAAUGAUUAUGCGAUGAAUUCCCUUCCUUUUAUAUAAUUAACGUUUCUUUUGCAAUGCUUGUUCCUAUUUUUACCCUCAAACUGGGCCAUAAAAUCCAUCCACGAACAGCUGCGUUGGGACGGUACGAUGGAAGACAUCCUUGCCUGACAGCGGGCACAACGGCUGGAAAGGUUUUUAUCCACAAUCCCCACAGUAGUGCCUUACAAGGUGGCAGAGCAAUUGCAAGUCACGAUAAUGACAUUAGCAUUUUAAACAUCAACCAACAAGUGUCUGCUGUUGCCGCUGGUCCAUUGAAUUCCACUGGAUGCGACACACUUCUAGUUGGAACACCCACGAACUUCUUGGCCUAUGACGUGGAGAACAAUUCUGACCUCUUCUAUAAAGAUAUUGCAGAUGGAGCAAAUGUAAUUGUGACAGGCAGACUUGGAUCUUUUGAGAAUCCGUUAGCAAUAGUGGGUGGAAAUUGUUCUAUUCAAGGAUUUGACUUUGAAGGAAAUGAUGAAUUCUGGACAGUGACAGGAGACAAUGUCUGCUCUUUGGCAAUGUGUGAUUUUAACGGUGAUGGACUGGCAGAGCUACUUGUUGGUUCAGAAGACUUUGACAUCAGAGUGUUUAAAGAAGAUGAAAUUAUCGCAGAGAUGACCGAAACUGAGUCUGUAACCUCUCUCUGUCCAAUCAGAGGAUCAAGAUUUGGUUAUGCCCUAGGAAAUGGCACUGUGGGAGUUUAUGAUAAAACAGCAAGAUACUGGAGAAUAAAGUCAAAAAACCAGGCAAUCACGAUUCACAGUUUUGAUCUUGAUUCUGAUGGAGUGCCAGAGCUCAUCACUGGUUGGUCCAAUGGAAAGAUUGAUGCUCGUAGCGACAGAACAGGAGAGGUGGUGUUUAAAGAUAACUUCUCUGCUGCAAUUGGUGGUAUUCUUGAAGGAGACUAUCGCAUGGAUGGCAAAGUGGAACUUAUUUGUUGUUCAGUGGAGGGGGAAGUUCGUGGGUACUUGCCAGCAUCUGCCGAAAUGAAAGGCAACUUGAUGGACGUCAAUGUUGAACAAGAUGCACUACGAGACUUGGCGCAAAGGAAACAAAAUUUACUGUUGGAACUGAAAAAUUAUGAGGAAAAUGCUAAGGUUGGAAAGGUCGGAGGUCAAGAGGUUGACCAAUCACAGAUGGGAGUCAUACCAGCCAAUACUCAACUGCAGACCUCGCUGUUGGUAAACCCAGGGAGUGAACAAGUUCAGCCUCAUGUGCAGCUCUCAAUUUCAACCACCAAUGAAACUGUUAUUCGAACUGUGAUGAUAUUUGCUGAAGGAGUGUUUGAGGGGGAAAGUCAUGUUGUCCAUCCAUCACAACAAAGUUUAAAGUCAUCACUUCAAGUUCCAGUGUUUCCACCCAGAGAUAUUCCUGUUGAUCUUCACAUCAAAGCUUUUGUUGGCCAGAAAUCCAGCAACCACUUCCAGGUUUUUGAGCUUACAAGACAGCUGCCCAGAUUCACUCUGUACAUAUCUUGCCCAGACGGUUAUGCUGAACCAAAAUCCAGCUGCUCCUUUCACAUUAAUGAACGAGUGAACAGGGCUGUUAUGUGGCUAAAUCAGAAUUUUCUCCUCCCUGAUGAGAUAGAGAGCAGGGAUGGGGAUCUUGACAUAAUGUUCCUUUCUCUGAGAACUGGUAACCCCCUGGCAAUCAAAAUGGAUCAAAGCGGAAAUGUGAGUAUCAAGACAGAUGACAUGGAUUUAGCAGGAGACAUCAUUCAGGCACUCGCAACCUUCUUGGGAAUUGAGGACUUACAGACCACAGCAGAAUUUCCUGACCAUUUGGAAGAACUUCGUGGGGUGUUACUUAAGGUGGACGAACUGCAUGCUGUGAGACAAAAACUGACUGCUGAGAUGGCGGAUCACUCCAACUUGAUCAGAAGCUUGGUCGUCAGAGCUGAAGAUGCCAGAUUGAUGGGAGACAUGAAAAAUAUGAGAAAGGGCUACAUGGAACUGUAUGACCUAAACAGAGAUCUAAUUAACGGGUACAAGAUCAGAUGUAACAAUCACACAGAGCUUCUUUCCUGUCUUAAACUAGUCAACCAGGCCAUUCAGCGCGCUGGAAAGCUUAGAGUGGGAAAAGCUAAAUCUCAAGUUAUUGCUGGCUGCCGACAAGCGAUCAAGAACAACAAUGUCAACGGCUUGUUCAAGAUAAUCAAAGCUGGUUCCCUAUGAAGUCUCACCAUCGCAGUCCCUAAAGCAUGUAUUAAGCUUUAAAUGCCUGCUAUUCUUGUGAAUUUGGAAUCUGGCAUCUGGCUGUGGUGUAGGCAAUCGAUAGUCCACGAGAACUCUUUGCAUGUGGGUUGUUUGAGUUCAGUGCGUGUUUUCAGUAUUAAUCAGAACCGUCCUUGACGUUGCUUUAAAAAAAAUUAACGAUUAGAUUCAACUUUUGCCUUUGUCGAGGGUUGUUUAAAAGGUGGUCGUGGUAAAAGAACGUCUUUACUCUGCUUUAAUAAUUUGGUCCUUAAAUUAUGUUAGAUGGCCUUUUUUUUAAAAAAAAACCUUAUUUAUUAAGAAGUGUAAAAAGAAGCAUGCUCACUCGUACGAGGGUUUGGCGGGAUUGGAGGAAGUGAAGGCUUCUGUUUACGUACUUCUUGCCAAGCGUCAGGACUGAGUUGUUCAUUUUUGAUAAUGACAUUCGGCAAAGGCUGGAAAUAAACUUUAUUGAGAACUUUUAAGCAAUAAUUAGGAUCAAAGCGCGCUUGUGUGUGUGUGAGCGAUAAGACUGAAAAUAAGUAAUUAAUACAAUAUCUAAGUACAAGAUAUAACAGCAACAAGAACAGCGACACAAAACUAAAUUAAAUAGAAAUGCAACUAGGUCCGGUUGUAAACCGCUUUAAAAAAAAGGAAACAAGGCGUUAGCAAAAACUAAACGAAACGACUGACUUAAUUGAAUUCGACUAUCAAUGAAAAUUGUCUCACUAAAAAAACGCGUAUACUGGUGCUAAUAUCAAUAUUUUUUUGUUUGAAUUUUUUUACUGCCCGGUAAGAAACAUAAAGCAAUAAACGUUCGUGACCUUC